GAACUGCAAAAAUGUUGCGCGAAUGCGCUCGUCGUGCAGUACAGAAUGAGUUUAAAAGUAUCAUCGAAAAAGAGGUUUUGGAACUUAUGAACUUGGAAAUUUUCCAAUGCAGCCCAGAAGGUAGUUUUGAAACAGCGAAUAUGAGGAUGCCGCUUUUCGGGAUAGAGGAGCCCUUGCCUUCAGACCCACCUACACCUUGGAAUGUCUUCAUGUUUAAGUUCGAAGAUGUUUUCAUUUUCAAGAACCUUGAAUUAUUGGCGAAAGAUGAAAACCCCGAUGACAGUGCUGUUGAUCAAGAUCUUAUAUCGGCAUACAAUUCCUUGAUAGCAUAUAUAGUUGAGAAAGACACACAUGACAUUUGUUUGUCAAAAGUUUGCAAAGCAAAAGAUGGAAUGGUUCCUGAGAUGUCAUCUAAAACUGAUAUAGCCUACGCUUUAGCUGUUCAUUUGUUUGCACCACUUGGUGGAGGCCUAUGUGUCCUGGACAAUCGCAGCGUGGCUUCACCAAAAAGUUGUCCUGGUGGCUGCAAGAGAACUAUGCAAAAAGGACCCACUGGAAUAGGUGCAAUGCAGAUUUGGAAUGGUUUUGCAGAUAUUUUCAUUGACCAGAAAAUCCCUGUGAAAAUUUGGAAAGAAAUUCCGGAAAUCAUCACAGAUGAGUGCGAGGAAGACAAUGAUAGUAUAUCAGACAGUGUAUCUUUAUCUGGAUGUCCUACGUGUUCCUCAGAAAGUGACUUUUACAAACAUAAUAUGGACAACAAGAGCCAACUUUGCCAGUUAAUUGCACAAACAAUUACCAACAGCUUUGCACAAGUAAACAAGAACAAACAACUUUCACCAUACAUUAUCCCAUCUUUUGGAUGUUCAAAUAAUCGGAUGAUUAUUUUUGGGUACGACUCAGAAGGUGAUGUCAUGGUGAAAAAGAUAGAUCCCAUUUUGUUGUGGACAUGCACAGACAAUAUUUGGCACCUUUCAGUGUCCGCUGUAGUUCAAAUUUGGAUGUACAUUCAUUUUCAACUUUUGAUGUUGCCGUCGAUAGCAGAGAGAUUUGAAACUAAUAUUAAGUCAAAUUUUCACAGGAUGCACACAAUACAAUGUUUUCGUAAAUAUGCAAAAUGUCAAACAAGGUUUCCACCUGAGGGCAGUGUUAAACUUCUUCAUACACAUUAUUCCAUACCGACAAAAAAAAUGAAAACUAAUUGACUUUUGGUGGCCCAUUUACAUGUGGGAUAAUCAAAUUCAAAGAUCAGGUCAGAAUAAGUUUUCUUUAUGUCUUUAAGACUGCCAUCAGUGUUAAGAUAUUGAUCUUUAACUGGUUCAAGAACUGUAUAAUACAGAUAUUUGUUCAUUGUUUAACAUGUUUCAAAUAUCACAUGUAAUACAUAAUAAUGUAUUACAAUUUCAUUGCAGACAGUAUAUACACUUUAUAUGCUUAUUGUCACAAAUGACAAUAAAUGGCAGCCACACAGUACAGAAAUGUAUGUAAUAAACACCAAAUUUUA